AUGAAAUUUGAUUGUUCUUUUGCUUUCACCAUUUCCUCUCUGUUUCUUAGGGCCAAAAGGUUUCCUAUAAAAGUUGAAAGCAAGACUUCUUCAGCCUUAUACAAGGGAAACCCGGUGUUUUACAUCUAUCUCGAGACUUCCUGGGAAAAGGAGUCAUGGUGUAAAGCCCUUCGUCUUGCUGCUUGCGAAAACCAGGAAAGGUUUAUUUGGUACUCCACCAAAUUGCAAGAAGAGUUCCGUAGUUACGUGACGUCUCUUAGUGCUGCAUAUCCUUCAUUUAUGAAACCAUCAGUUGGGUUUAGCUUCGAGACACUUGACAAAGGGCACAGAACAGAUGGCUCUUCCUCAAAGGUUCGCUUAUUCUUGAGAAGAUUUUCAAGGAAGCGAUCAAAUCGUGAAGACAGGAAAAACUCUGUCCGUUCUCAUCCAGAUUCACAACAUGGAAGUAGCUCAGGGAGGAGCGUCUCAGGAAAGAAGAUGGGAGAUAAUAUCACAGAUGAAACUGAUGUGCCUAUUUUGUCACGUUCUGUGAGCCAUAGCAGUCAUAUGUCUGGGGUUUCAGAUGGAGACUCUGAAGAGAGGUUUGACAUGGAUGAAGGAACAUUGGCGUGGAACCUGCUAAUUUCUAGGCUAUUUUUCGAUCUCAAACGGAAAGCAGGAGUGAAGAAUGUUGUGCAAGCACGAAUCCAGCGGAUGUUAUCCAACAUGAGGACUCCGAGCUACAUAGGCGAACUAAUCUGCUCCGAUGUUGACACUGGAAAUCUCCCACCUCAUAUACAUGGUACUCGAGUUCUUCCAAUGGAAAUGAGUGGUGUGUGGGCAUUCGAACUAGAUAUUGAAUACUCUGGUGAAGCGGUGAUUGACGUUGAAACUCGGGUUGACAUCCGUGAGGUUGAUCUGCAAAAAGACAUAGCCGACGCAAGGUUGCAGCCAAGUUCUGCAGGGGAAGUCCCGUCAAACCCCGUUGAAGAUUUUGAAAGGCAAUUGGUCAUCCCUGUGGAAACUGUCGAUGCAGGAGAAAUGAAAACCGGUGGAGCCAGUAAAACAGAUGAAUGCAAGGGCUCAAAAGGAACGAAGGCAGCUCCAAAUGGUGUAUCCAGGUGGAAAUCUAUCAUCAAAACCAUAGCAGAACAAGUUUCCCAGGUUCCUAUCUCUUUGUCAAUACGGGUGUCUUCUCUUCGAGGGACACUGCGAGUACACGUGAAGCCGCCUCCUUCUGAUCAAUUGUGGUUUGGAUUCACGAGCAUGCCUGAUAUAGAAUUUGAUCUCAAAUCUUCUGUUGGGGAACACAAAAUCACCAACAGCCACGUUGCAAUGUUCUUGAUCAGCCGGUUUAAGACAGCAAUACGAGAAGCGGUGGUUCUUCCCAACUGUGAAAGCCUAACGAUUCCUUGGAUGAUUGCUGAAAAAGAUGACUGGGUUCAGCGCAAAGCUGCUCCAUUCAUGUGGAUGAAUCAAGAAUGCAAUCACAAUAGUACCCAUGCAACAGAAGGGAGAUCUAAAUGUGACAAGCCACCGACUUAUUCCUCCUGUGUUCAGUCUGAGCAAAUGCAGAAAACUGCAGACGCCACCCAGAAGCCUGUUAUUUCUGAAGUAGGGACUACGUCUUCUUCUUCCUGCCCUCAGUCUGAGCAAGUGCAGGAAACUGCCAAUGCCGUCCAGAAACCGAGUACUGAAUCAGAGGCUAUUUCUACGCCAUUGACAAAAUCGACAAGUGUAACAGUAGAGAGGGACAAGUCCUUGGACGAACUGAAAACCCCAUUACUGCGACCCAGCAGUAGUGAAAAGCACGACAUGCAUUCAAGAGGCAGCACCAGAGACAUUCCGGUUGUUCAAUCACCAUCUAGCUCGAUGGUUUCAAGCGAAGAAGAUGACGCGAGGGGAAAGAAACCGGGAAGAAGAGCAAGGAUGUUGGAUCUUGGGAAGAAAAUGGGGGAGAAGUUGGAGGAGAAAAGGCGUCACAUGGAGGAAAAGAGUAGACAGAUUGUUGAAAAGAUGAGAGGACCUUCUUGA